AUGAACUCUACGAUUACACCUAACACUGAAGAACAGUGUAUUGUGUACCCCUGGGAACCUUGUCAUGAUAAUGAAAUGCAAAUGAAAGCAUCUUUUGAGGAUAACUAUCUCGACCAUAUGAGUAAUUUAAAAAUUGAAUCAAAUCCAUCGAAAAAUACGUUAACCACUAUAGCUUGUGGCAUCUCAUUUAACGUGACUAAGAGUGUAAUAGAAGAAAUAUGUGAAAGUGGCGCUUCAGUAAUAAUAUUUAAUUUUAACGGCUUAUCAUUUGAACAGAGUCAAAAGAUGGUCUUUGAAAUUCGCCAAGGAAUUUUUAAUUACAGUCUUAAAAAGAACAACCAUGUACCAUAUUCAAUGACUUUAAUGCUUGAUCUUGGAGGAUCUACUAUCACGACUGGAAGCAUAUUUGAUACAAAAACCAAACGACGUUUAAUAGAACUAUCGACGAACGCUCAUAUUUAUGUCACCAACGAUAUCGAAUACAAAUUUAAAUGUACGGAGGACCGUAUUUAUGUGAACAGUGAUAUAAUUCUUCAGCUAAAAAUUAACGAUCGGAUAUACUUGGACUACGGAAAAAUCGAACUAGCUGUGAUCAGAAUCGACGAGUAUGAGGUAUAUUGCGUGAUAAAACGAGGAGAAUUUUUGGGUUCUGAAAAAAUAGUUCACGUGCCGGGAAUUCCAAUUGGCUUGACAUCACUCACCAAACUAGACGAGGAAAAAAUUCGUACAGGGAUCCAGCUCAAAGUGGACGUAAUAUUGGUGCCUGGUGUCAGGAACUCGAUGAUUUUCAACCACGUCCGCAAGUUUGUUAGCAUAGAGCAAGGUGGGGAUAUCGGUCUGUAUGCAAAAAUUGACAACAGCGUCGGACUGGAAAAUAUCGAUGAUAUUUUAACAGUAGUGGAUGGCGUGUUCCUGAACCGACCGAACUUGUCCAUGGAAGUCGGCCAUGAUAAGAUAUUUCUUGCUCAAAAGAUUGUAUUGUCUAAAUGCAACUUAGCUGGAAAACCGACUAUCACUUAUGGGGAAUAUCUUAAUUCUAUGGAAGUAAGUACGAUACCUACGAGUGCCGAAGUAAAUGACCUUAUAAAUACCGUAAUGGAUGGGACAGACUGCAUUUAUCUGGACGUAACAUCACGCAGUGCGAACAAAGCGCACUGCGUUCAAUACGCGUCUUCGCUGUGUCGACAAGGCGAAGCCACCAUAUGGGAACAACAGUUAUUCAAUGAACUCAACAAAAAGUCGAAACCAAAAAUUGAUCCUGCUCACGCGGUAAGUAUCGGUUGCGUGGAGGUAUCAUUUAAAUGUCACGCAGCGGCGAUUAUUGUGAUCACCACGUCCGGGCUAUCAGCCCGGCUCAUUGCCAGAUACCGACCAAGAUGUCCCGUAUUGGCGAUAGUCAAGAACGGGAAGUCCGCGAGAAAGUUAUCAGUGUGGCGAAAUUUAAUAGCAUUGCAAUAUAUCGAUCCAAUAGAAAAUGUUUGGAGAGACAAUGAAAACCGUACAAGAUUCGCAAUGGAUUUUGGCAAGAGAAAAGGUAUAUUGCAUCAAGGAGAUUUGGUUUUACACAUCAGUAGCUCCAAACAAAACGUGGGUUUUGCUAACACCAUGAGUUUAUUCUACGUUAGUGCUGGAGACUUCGUCAACGCAUAA